CAUAACUUAGGGGAGAGAGAGAGAGAGAGAGAGGUAGGAUAAGGUGCGGGAUGGUGCAGGAGAACAAGCUGCUCCCGAAGCGCAUCAUAUUGAUGCGUCACGGCGAGUCCGCCGGGAACAUCGACGCGGCGGCGUACUCCACGACGCCCGACCACAAGAUCCCACUAACGGAGGAGGGGCGCGUGCAGGCGCGUGAGGCCGGGAAGAAAAUGAGGGAAUUGAUAUCGAGCGCGUGCGGCGGAGAGAGGUGGCGCGUGUUCUUCUACGUGUCGCCGUACGAGAGGACAAGAACGACGCUCAGGGAGGUCGGGAGAGGAUUCUCCCGGCGGCGCGUGAUCGGAGUCAGGGAGGAGUGUCGGAUCAGGGAACAAGAUUUUGGGAAUUUUCAGGUGGAGGAGAGGAUGAGAGUGGUGAAGGAGACAAGAGAAAGGUUUGGAAGGUUCUAUUUCCGGUUCCCGGAGGGUGAAUCGGCGGCGGACGUCUACGAUCGUGUUUCUAGCUUUUUGGAGUCACUAUGGAGAGACGUGGACAUGAACAGACUUCACGUGGACCCAUCGACCGAACUGAACCUGGUGAUAGUGACUCACGGCCUCACUUCUCGAGUCUUCAUGAUGAAAUGGUUCAAGUGGACGGUCCAACAGUUCGAGCAUCUGAACAAUUUCGGCAACUGCGAGUUCCGAGUCUUGGAACUAGGGUCGGGCGGAGAAUACAGCCUCGCCAUUCACCACUCCGAGGAAGAGAUGUCGGAAUGGGGAAUGUCGGAGGAUAUGAUCAGAGACCAGAAGUGGCGUGUCGAUGGCAGCCGUGGAAAGUUCAAUGACUUUUGCCCAUGGCAUCUGGACGAGUAUUUCGAUUGCUCGGGGGUUACAGAUGAAGACGAAGAAGAUGAAAAUUAAUGGUAAUUUGAAUUUAAUCUAAUUGUUUAUGCAUGUGACGUUAUUUGUUGUUUGCACUACGAGUUGAUGAAUUCAAUGGUCGGUCCAUGACUUAGGGAGAUGGAUGGAAACAAAGAUGAACAUCAACUACAUUAGAAAUUCAUACGUGGGUUUUCAUACUCGAAUUA